GUAGAACUUGAGACUUUCCGUGCAAGGCAUGUGCAAGGCGUGCGCAUUAUGUGGGUUAGUGCCUCGCGCCAGUUUUUCUUUUAAGUUUUUAAGUAUGAAAUGUCGCACAAAACGCCCUGAGUAGCAUUUCUCAGGGAAUGUACUGAGUGUUCGCUGCAAGAGCUGUCUCACCAGUAAAAAAGCACCGAACUAAACUACGAGCAACUGCCACAAGUGGUCGUGCCUAUUUGGCUAUGCGGGCUUUUCUGUUUGUUUCUUCCCAGUGGUGUAGUCGAAAGAAGUGGAUCGAUUAUGUUCUUAAGCGGACGUGUCGUCAGCGUGCGAGGCACUGCUCCACGAAUUGGGAAGCAAAUUACGGCAAAGAGCGCAAGUAUGACAUUGAUCCUAGCCAGUUCCCCCAGAAUGUUGUGCGCAACUUCUGCAUCGUGGCUCAUGUGGAUCACGGUAAAAGCACCCUUUCUGACCGGCUCCUGGAGUUCACGGGGACGAUAAAGCCGUCUCGGGACAACCAGCAAGUGUUGGAUCGACUUCCUGUUGAAAGAGAGCGGGGAAUCACCGUCAAAGCGCAGACGGCGUCCAUGGUAUUCCGCAAAUCUAGUCAGCCUUAUCUUCUGAACCUUAUCGACACACCUGGCCAUGUUGAUUUCAGCUACGAGGUGCUGCGAUCCGUAUCGGUUUGCCAAGGUGUCAUUCUGUUGGUCGACGCCAAUCAAGGCAUUCAGGCCCAAACGGUGGCCAACUUCAACAUCGCCUUCUCUGCAGAUCUUGCCAUUAUACCCGUCUUGAACAAGAUAGACCUCAAAAAUGCUGAUGUCGAGAGCGUGUCUGCGCAAAUAGAAAAUCUUUUUGGUAUCAACAAGGAGGAUGUGCUCAAGGUGUCAGCUAAAGAAGGCGUUGGAAUCGAAAUACUUGUGAAUGCCAUCAUCAAAAGGAUACCACCACCCAAAGGUGACCCCGAUGCACCGUUUCGCGGCAUAUUGCUCGACUCGUGGUAUGACCGAUACCGAGGUGUUAUUGCGCUCAUUAUAGUUAUCGAUGGCACAUUGCGACCGGGGGAAGAAAUUGUGUCUCAUGCGACAGGUACAACAUACACUGUGCGUGACUUGGGUUUUAUGAGUCCUCUUGAAACUCCUACUGCACUCCUGUUAGCUGGUCACACUGGAUAUGUGGUUGCAAACAUGAGGUCUCCCAAAGAAGCUCAUAUAGGUGACACAUUAUCGCACAAGUGUGAUCAUGUUACGCCACUUCCAAAGUUUCAAGAGUCAAAACCAAUGGUGUUUGCCGGUGUUUACCCUGAAGACCAGUCUAAAAAUAAUGAAAUGCGAAGUGCAAUCGACCGCCUCCUGCUGAAUGAUCCGAGCGUGCAAGUUUCUAUUGAAUCAAACGCUGCCUUGGGCCAGGGGUGGCGCCUGGGAUUUCUCGGUCUUCUCCACAUGGAUGUUUUCUGUCAGAGAUUAGACCAAGAAUUUGAUGCACAAGUAGUUGUCACAGCUCCCAGCGUGAGCUACAAGAUCAAAGUGCAUGGAGCCAAACAGAUUAAGCACUAUGGCAGUGAAAUAGUUACCAUCAACAAUCCACUCGACAUGCCUGAUCCUGCGGUCAUCAGAGAAUACUAUGAACCAAUGGUCAUGGCUACAAUCAUCACUCCUGAUGAAUACCUCAGCAAAGUGAUGAGCCUGUGUGCUGACAACCGAGGUGUUGCAAAGUCCACACAAAAUGUAGACAACACGACAAUACUUCUCCAGUACAAGUUUCCUCUGAGCGAAAUUAUUGUUGACUUUUAUGAUGCACUCAAGUCAGUUACGUCAGGGUAUGCCAGCUUCGACUAUGAGGAAGCAGGCUACGAGCAAACGGACUUGGUCAAAUUGAAUAUCAUUCUAAAUGGAAAAGUUGUUGAAGAGCUAACAACAAUUGUACAUGCAAUCCGUGCUAGGCAGAUAGGGCGUUCUAUGCUUCUCAGAUUGAAAGAAAGCAUUCCUCAGCAAAUUUACGCUGUUGCACUUCAGGCGGCCGUAGGUGGCAAAAUUGUGGCUCGUGAAGAUAUCAAAGCUCUGAAAAAGAACGUUCUUGCAAAAUGUUAUGGUGGUGAUAUUACGCGCAAGUUAAAACUUCUUAAAAGACAUUCCGAGAAGCAAAAGAAGCUUAGGACCAUUGGAAACAUCCAGAUUCCUCGUGAUGCCUUUAUUAAUGUUUUGAAGCGGACAUAACUUGUUCUUCAAACAAGAAAAGUGAUUGUAUCACUUCUGUUGUUAUAAGUUGAUUUGAACAUUAAAAUUUAUGAUGGCUUUAUGUAGCAGCAUUUAGAAC